CUGACAUAUGGAUGUGAUUUCCCUGCUCCGAGGCAGAUACCCUACGAGCCAACGGAGCGCACUGCGCUCUCCUCUCGCUCUCCUCUAGCUCUCCGGCUCGGUCGCGAUCGUCCAGCACAUGGAGCCAGUGCCGGGCUCUGGGGCUGCCCGGAGCCUCGGCAGGGGACGCCCAGAGCUCCGGGGCGGGAGCCUCUGCCUCCGCCUCUUUCUUGCAGCCUAAGUCUGGGAACGAACCCCCGGAGAGCCAGAGGAAAUAAGGCAUAGAGAGAGAGGGGGGCGAGGGGGUCGAAGACGCCUCCUGCGCCCCCCUUGGCUAACGCUCAGGCCUUCCCUUCUCUCCUCGCCAUCAUCACCACCCCUCCCACCUUCCCUCCCGACCCGGCCCGGCCCGGUUCAUUCUGUCCCCAGCCCUGCUGGACUCGGCCCUAGGGAACGGCGGCGAUGGGAGCGCCCCGGAUCUCGCACAGCCUUGCCUUGCUCCUCUGCUGCUCCGUGCUCAGCUCCGUCUACGCACUGGUGGAUGCCGAUGAUGUCAUAACUAAGGAGGAGCAGAUCAUCCUUCUGCGCAAUGCCCAGGCCCAGUGUGAGCAGCGCCUGAAAGAGGUCCUCAGGGUCCCUGAACUUGCUGACUCCACCAAAGACUGGAUGUCAAGGUCCUCAAAGACAAAGAAGGAGAAACCUGCUGAAAAGCUUUAUUCACAGGCAGAGGAGUCCGGGGAAGUUUCUGACAGGAGCCGGCUACAGGAUGGCUUCUGCCUACCUGAGUGGGACAACAUUGUGUGCUGGCCUGCUGGAGUGCCCGGCAAGGUGGUGGCUGUGCCCUGCCCUGACUACAUCUACGACUUCAACCACAAAGGCCGAGCCUAUCGGCGCUGUGACAGCAAUGGCAGCUGGGAGCUGGUGCCUGGGAACAACCGGACAUGGGCGAAUUACAGCGAGUGUGUCAAGUUUCUGACCAACGAGACCCGGGAACGGGAAGUCUUUGAUCGCCUUGGAAUGAUCUACACUGUGGGCUACUCCAUCUCUCUGGGCUCCCUCACUGUGGCUGUGCUGAUCCUGGGUUACUUUAGGAGGUUACAUUGCACCCGAAACUACAUUCACAUGCAUCUCUUCGUGUCCUUUAUGCUCCGGGCUGUAAGCAUCUUCAUCAAGGAUGCUGUGCUCUACUCGGGGGUUUCCACAGACGAAAUCGAGCGCAUCACCGAGGAGGAGCUGAGGGCCUUUACAGAGCCUCCCCCUGCUGACAAGGCGGGUUUUGUGGGCUGCAGAGUGGCGGUAACCGUCUUCCUUUACUUCCUGACCACCAACUACUACUGGAUCCUGGUGGAAGGCCUCUACCUUCACAGCCUCAUCUUCAUGGCUUUUUUCUCUGAGAAAAAGUAUCUCUGGGGUUUCACAUUAUUCGGCUGGGGCCUUCCUGCCGUGUUUGUCGCUGUAUGGGUGACCGUGAGGGCCACACUGGCCAACACUGAGUGCUGGGACCUGAGUUCGGGGAAUAAGAAGUGGAUCAUACAGGUGCCCAUCCUGGCAGCUAUUGUGGUGAACUUUAUUCUUUUUAUCAAUAUAAUCAGAGUCCUGGCUACUAAACUCCGGGAGACCAAUGCAGGGAGAUGUGACACGAGGCAACAGUAUAGAAAGCUGCUGAAGUCCACACUAGUGCUCAUGCCUCUGUUUGGGGUGCACUACAUUGUCUUCAUGGCCACGCCGUACACAGAAGUAUCAGGGAUUCUUUGGCAAGUCCAAAUGCACUAUGAAAUGCUCUUCAAUUCAUUCCAGGGAUUUUUCGUUGCCAUAAUAUACUGUUUCUGCAAUGGAGAGGUACAAGCGGAGAUCAAGAAGUCAUGGAGCCGAUGGACCCUGGCCUUGGACUUCAAGCGGAAGGCCCGGAGCGGCAGCAGCACCUACAGCUAUGGCCCCAUGGUAUCACAUACCAGUGUCACCAAUGUGGGACCUCGAGGGGGGUUAGCCUUGUCCCUCAGCCCUCGACUAGCUCCUGGGACUGGAGCCAGUGCCAAUGGCCACCACCAGUUGCCUGGCUAUGUGAAGCAUGGCUCCAUUUCUGAGAACUCAUUGCCUUCAUCUGGCCCAGAGCCUGGCACCAAAGAUGACGGGUAUCUCAACGGCUCCGGACUUUAUGAGCCAAUGGUUGGGGAACAGCCCCCUCCACUCCUGGAGGAGGAGAGGGAAACAGUCAUGUGACCCACACCCCCAACCCAUCAAGGGGGCAGAGACCCUGGGCUUGAGCCUGAACUCUAAGGCCUGCCUCCAUCCUUGUACUCAGGCCAGGCCCCCCACCCAGGGGCCCUGGGGACCCUACAUUCCCAAGUGCAAACCAGACCAGCAGUCUCUCUGACUGAGCCCGGGGUCAUGGAGCUGCUCCCAAGCCUGGUCAGUAUGCAGGCUCAAGGGGCCAGGGCUUCCUUCUCAGGACCAAGGCCAGAUCCGGGGCCACUCGGGGAUGGACAGACCUCCACUGAGGGACGGAGAAGCUGUGGAGGUCAGGGAGAAAAAAUACCAAGAAGAAAAAAAGAAAAAAAGGAAAGAAAGAAAAAGAAAAAUAUUGGAGUGGUUAUGUGUUUGUUUUGAGCUAAAUAAUGGGGGGGGGGGUGGACCCACAUGCCAUCCAAGCCAGGACACACUAAGGGAAGAAAGUUAUUCUGAGGGCUGGAAGAAAUCCUCAAGGGUAGUUCCUUGUCUACUGGGUCAGAAGUUAAAGAAAGAGGUCUGAUCUCCAAAAAUAUCAUCGGUCAGGUCUCUCAGCAGAUCUGGGAGACUUGGGGAGAAGACCUGAGCUUGUUCUAGAGGGAGCUUCACAAUGAUUGCCAAUCCACAAGAAGCAUUGAUUUCCCCAGGCAGUAUCCAACACGUCCGCACUUUUUCAUCUUUCAUGAGCUCAGGGAUGGCAGAACUCAUUUUAUGUUGAUUGAAUUCAAUUUGAUCAAAGUAUAUUAAAUGCCUACCACGGACAAGGCACUGAGGGUACAGGAAUACUAUUAGUGCCUAUUUCUAGAGUAUUUUAAUGUGUACAGAGCUUUCUCCUCAUGACUACCCUGUGGAAUAUUGUGGGACUUCCUUAGCAUCAUUUUACAGAUAAGGAAAUGAAGGCUUAGCCUGAGUUACCCCAUGUCACACAGAAGGUUUGAGCCCAUCACUCUCUUAACUCCAAAACUUAGGAACAUUCUACACCUUGUUACUCCCAUUCUCAAAGGCAGGAAAAGACAUGUAUGCAAAUAACUCUACAAUAGGAAGGAGAAUGAGUCCAGGCAACAUACUGUAAGAAAAAAUUAAUGAAGGGGAGAUUAAUUCCAGCCGAGGAAUCGCCAGAAAAGUCUUCCUGGCAGAAGUGACUGGGAAGGAAGGAACUUCUUCAGUUGAGAUGUCAGGGCAAGGUGGGAAGGGAAGAGUUCAUUCCAAGUAUGGAAGAAUCCUAUAAGCAAAGCCAUUAAGAUGGGGCAGGGCAGUCUUGUUUGACUAGAAGUUAUAUGAGGUAAGGAUGAAAAAGGAAUGUAAAAUCAGAUUCUAUGGGGCUUUCAAUGCCAGAGAAGGAAUUAAUAAGCAAAGAAGAUCCAUUGAGGUUUUCUGAGUAGAAAAGUUAUGUGAUCUUAAAGGUGAGAAAGGAACAAUACUCAGGGUGUACAAAGUGAAUCAGAGAGGUGGAGAAAAUGCUAUCAUAGGGGCUAUUACAAUAGUCUAGGCAAGGGAACAAUUUGGUGGCUCAGUGGAUUGAGAGCCAUGCCUAAGAGAUGGUAGGUCCUAGGUUCAAAUCUGGCCUCAGAUACUUCCCAGCUGUGUGACCCUGGGCAAGUCACUUGACCCCCAUUGCCUAGCCCUUACCACUCUUCUGCCUUGGAACCAAUACAUAGUAUUGAUUCUAAGAUGGAAGGAUUUAAAAUAUAUUUAAAAAAAAAAAAGCCCAGACAAGAAAAGAUGAGGAUGUCUGGGUUGGAAAAUGAAAGGCAGGGGCUGGAACAGAUAUAUCGUGGAGGGAGUGGGGUUGGGCACCUCACUGUGGGAGCCAAGUCAUGUUUAUUUCACUGCUCACCCCAAACAUUGAUUAAGCUCUGAUACUAUUAUAGUCUUUGUACCCUGGACAGAUCCUUGGAGUUGCUCAGUCAGAAGUUCUGGCAAAGACACCAUCUGAGAAGCCUGGGAGAGAUCAUAAGAGUAAUGAUAUUGAUAAUAGGGAAAUAGCUAGCAUUUAUACAAUGCCUACUCUGAGCCAGGCAUUGUGCUGAGUACUUAACAAAUAUUAUCUCAUUUGAUUUUCACAACAGCCCGUUGAGGCAGCCCUGUUAUCUCCAUUUUAUAGCUGAAGAACUAAAGCACAGUAAAGGUUAAGUGACUCCACUGCACUGAGUAACACAAAAAUGGAGGCAGAAGAAGACAGUGAAGUAGCUCAGGGAAUAAAGAACCUGGCCUAGAGACAGAAGGUCUGGGUUCAAAUCUAACCUCAGAUACUUCCUAGCCGUGUGAUGCUGGGCAAGUCACUUAACCCCCAUUGCCUAGCCCUUACUGCUCUUCAGUCUUGGAACCAAUAUGUAGUAUUGAUUCUAAGAUGGAAGGUAAAGGGUUUUAAAAAUGAUUGAAGAACCUGUCUCUAAAAAAGUUAGUAAUGUGCCUAAUAUCGGAUAAAAAGUCUGAAGAGAAUUAGGCUUUUAGAAUCCCAAUCUUCUGACCCCAGUCAAUUUCACCAAACAUUUAUUAAACACCUACUAUAUUCCAGACCUUCUUUUAGGGACUGAAUUACAAGAGUGGAAAAUUAUACAGAGAUAAGAUAAUAUCUGUAAACUACUUGGCACAGUGCCUGGCACAUAGGAGGCAUCUAACAAAUGUUUGUUCCCCCUUCUUCCUUCCUGCUGCCCUCAGGGAGGUUCUAAUUUAAAGGGAGAACUAUAAAUGCUACACAAAUAAGUGAGCCAAAGUGGAUUGUGAUGGGAGUCAAGGAUGGAACUAGCUGAUGUGUUCUAGGACCAUUUGUGGAGGGAGAGAGAAUUUUCAGCUAGGGUUGGGGGAAGAUAGAGAAAUCAAAGAAGGUUUCAGGGAGAAAAUAGCACCUGAACUGGACCUUGGGAAAAGAGAAACAUAUGCAGGAAAAAGAAUUGUGUUUCCAUAUAUGGAGUCUGCAUACACAGAAGCAAGAGAGGGAAGUAUGAAAUGGGCAUAAGGUAGUUCCAAGUCUGACCAGAACAUAGAAUGACUACAGAGGAGGAUUCAUAAAUAAAUUUAGAAAGGUCUUAGAUAAAGGAGACCGUUAGAAGGACUUAGCUAGGGAAAUGGCCAUGGCAAUGGAGAAGACCAGGCAGAUGCAAGAGCUACAGCAGAAGGAAUGUCCACAAGAAUUCGCAGAGUAUCAUUUCUCUCCAGUACUUCCUCCCCUGAAAUACUCCUAAGCAAGUGCAAUUUGCCAACAUCCUUUUCAGUGACUUCUCUUCCAGUCCUCCCUAAUUCUAUGUUUUCCUGCCUCCUCCUCAGCCACUCUACUCACAGUGAGCAACCCUGAACCAGAAUCCUAAAACAUUCUGAAUCAUGAUAAAUCAGAAGACUUGGGUUGAUAUUCUGGCCAGAUGGACUAGAGAGCCUCUAAAGUCCCUCCUGGUUCUAAUAUCCUGGAGCCCCGUAGGCUAGACAGUACACAUAUUAUUAUGCUCGUUUUGCAAACCGAGGAAAUCAUGGCUCAGAGAAGGGCACUUCUGUAGGCCACACACACACACACACACACACACACACACACACACACACACACACACAGGAUCCCCCAUCUACUAGUUGGCACAUUGGAUAGAAUGCCAAGCCUGGGGUUCAAAUCCAGCCUCAGCCACUUAUUAGAUGUGUGACUCUGAGCAAGUCACUUAAUCUAUGCUUACCUCAGUUUCCUCAUCUGUAAAAUCAGAUAAUAAUCACAGCUACCUCUUGGGAUUGUUGCAAGGGUCAAAUGAGAUAAUAAUUGUGUGCCUGGCUAUUAUUAUUAUUACUACCAGAGACAGGCCUAGAACCCAAGUGCCACAACUUCCAAAUUUAGCACAUUUUGCAUCAAACUUUGCUUCCUUUCAAUCAAUUCCAGGACCUUCUAUAUUCAGAGGGGAAGUGAUGACACCCUCCAGGCUGAUAAACUGCUGUCUUUGUUUUCGUAUAAGUCACUGCCUGGAUAAAGCCUCUUUUGUCUUCAUCCAGAGUUCAGAGCACCCACUUGGCCCGGGUUUGCCAACAGAACCGACCUUUUUAUAUUCUUCUAUAAUUCCCUUCCUAGUCCCCUCCUGAUUUCUACCUCCAUUCUAGCCAGAACUAUUGCUCUUAUCUCCUCUGAUCACUGAGGAAACAGGGCCACCCCCCACCCCAACACCACAGUCAUAUCUCUGUGUCCCAGAUCAGAAGAACAGCUCUCUCUUCAAAAUCACUCAGAAGCAUCCCUGGAGUCUGCCUACAGAAUUCCUUUGAAUUAAACUGCUUUCCUGGGCAUUGAGGCCCUUAGAUUGGGUCCCCUGACCUGUAUCCCCUUUAAAGAAGGUCUUUUUUUUCUCUUUCUGAAUUUAUAAUUCCUCUUACAGCAUAACUGUGUCAAUUUAGGCAGGUAGGUGGCACAGUAGAUAGAUCACUAGACCUAGGAUUAAGAAGAUGUGUUGAAAUCUAGCCUCAUACACUAUGUAGCUUUGUGACUUUGGGCUAGUCACUUAAUAGCUGCCUGCCUCAGUUUCCCCAACUAUAAAAUGAUGAUGAUAAUGGCAACUACUAUUCAAAGAUAUUGUGAGGACCAAAUAAGAGAUUAUAAACCCUUAGCACAAUGCCUGGAAAAUAGUAGGCACUUUAUAAAAUGCUUAGUUCCUUCUUCAGUUCAACUACCACUGAUUAGGGGCCUUCUCUGUGAUGACACACAAAUGCAAAAGGACAAACAAUCCAUGCUUUCAGAGAGCUUCAUUCCACCUGCAUUUAUAUUAGCGAGUAAAUGCAGUCUAAUGUGAGAAGAAAGAGAGGGCAGGAUAACAACUGAGAAUAUCAAAAUGGGAUCCUUUUAAAAGGUAGCACUUGAGAGAGCCUUGAAAGAAGGUAGGGGUGCCAAGAAAUGGAGGGGGAGAAGAGUGCAUUCUUGGCAUGGAGGCACACAUGGAGGCCACACAGCUAUGGAAUGCCACAGCCAGAGAAAAGUGAAUAGUCCAAUUUGUCUGGAAUCUUAGAACACAUGAAGGAGAUAGAAUCACAGCAUUCUGGAAUUGGAAAAAAUCUUAGAGGUACCAUAGCUAACACUUAUGAUUUAAGUGACCCUGGUCAAGUCAUUUCUCUUUUAUGGGCCUCAAUUUUCUCCUCUAUAAAGUGGAAAUGAUAAUUCUUACAGUGUUUUAUAAAUCUUAAAGUCUAUCGUUCAGUCAUGUCCAACUCAUUAUGACCCCCUUUGGGGGUUUCUUGGCAAAGAUACUGGAGUAGUUUGCUAUUUCCUUCUCCAGCUCAUCUUACAGAUGAGGAACUGAGGCAAAUAGGGUUAAGUGACUUGCCCAGGGUUAUACAGUUAGUUUCUGAGGUCAGGCUUGAACUAAGGUCUUCCUGACUCCAGGCGAAGUGCCUCUAUGCACUGUACCAUCUUGCUGCCCUACAUAAGCAUAUUGUCUUACUGAAUUUCACAUCUCAUAGACAAUAGCAUCUCCAACAAGGGGUCACCCAGUCUCUGCUUGAACACUUCUAGUGACAAAAGGCUCACUACCUUACCAAUUCACCAUUUCUAAUAUAAGACAACUUUUACUGGGACUAAUUCUAUUAUUGAAUGUGAACAGGUACAGGAAAGGGCAUGAUCCUCCAGAGGACAGGGACAGUGGCAAAUGAACCUGACUGGAGUGGAACAUCAGGAGAGAGAGAAGUCCUAUGCCUCCAACUUAUAGAGAUCAAGGGGAACCUAAGUGGAUGGAGCACAAGGUCUGGAGUCAAGAGGACCUAGAUUCAAGUCUGGCCUCAGAUGCUUUCUAGCUGUGUGACCCUGGACAAAUCACUUAACCUCAUUUGCCUGGCCCUUUCCUUUCUGUCCUAGAAUUGUUACUAAGACAGAAAUUAAGAGUUUUCUUAAAAAGAAAAAGAUCAGUAAUGCUGAUCCUAUGGCAGUGAACUCCAAGGAAAAACUAAGGACAGGUUAGUUUUUUUCCCAUUUACUGGAUUGUAUUUCUACAAUAUUGCAAGCAAUAAAAGUCAGAAGUUCUGAUGAAGGAAAGGGGGAGGUCCUGACCUCAACACACAACAAAAAUAAGCUUCCCUCCUCAUUGAAUUCAUAGGAUUUAAAGCUAGUAAGUAGGUACCUCAGCCCAGGGAUCAUCUAACUCAACAUCCUCUUUUUAUGUUUGAGAAAAUUGAGGCCAAAAAAGGAGAAAUUACUUGACCAAGGUCACCCAGGUAGGUGUAGCUCUUCUCUCUCCAGCUUCAGGGUUCCUUCCACUGCACCAUGAUAGUCUCCUUUAAAGACUGAGAGAAUGUGGCCUUGAAAAGAAGGGCCACACACUGGUCACAGGGAGCUAAGCCCUAGGGUGGGAGGCACCAGAAGGAGUUGGUGAAUUACUGGGGAGAGAAGGCUCCUAGAAGCACCAUUAAGGGGCCAAUAGCAACACUAGCACAUCCCCCACUCCAAACAGAGUCUCCCUAAGGACCAGGAAUGCUCCCUUUCCUCAUGUCAUCUCUUUCAGAAUUCUCUCAACAAGACUUUUCAUAAUAUUUGAGUGUGUGUGUCUGUGUGUCCUGGAGAUCAGGAGUCCAGCACCCCUUUGUGUUUUAGAAGACACAACUGCUUAUCUGAGAUGAGUUUGUGGUCUCCUUCUGGGAGGCAGGGGCAUGAACAAAAUGGUCAACUGACUCCUGUCCACUCAACAGAGCAUAGGAGGAACAUGUCCCAGGGUGGACCCAAAAAACCCAGUCGUGGAGGAACUCUGGGGGCCACUCUGAGCCCUGAGCCCUUUCCUUCCACCUCCCAGAUGUUAGGAUAGAACCUUUUGCCUACUGCUCAUCGUGCACUCCUACCCUGGGCACCAGAACUGGAAGAAAGUGGGAUUUGCUUUCCAACCGUCACUACCCAGUCUCUCAACACUGUUCUUCAGGGCAUUCAGGGGGUUGAGAUCACGGAAGUCACUGCAGAUCAAAGGCUACCACUGAAUGGAACAUUUCUCAGUGAGAUUCAGCUUCUUUCCCCCACACCAAACCCAUCUGACUCUUUAGAAAGCCAGGGAACACUGUCAUCUGUCCAUUCAUCUGUCCCUUGAAGAUCUGAUCCAAGAAGCCCUCCAGAGAGAGAGGUCAGUACCAGGAGGCAGAAUAAUCAUAACAAACAACAGAAACUCUCUAUGAUGCUUUAAGGUCUACUUACUAAGGAUUUGCCUCACGACCUACUAGGAUACUUUAUACCUCUGGUCAUAUAAAGACUGUCAUCUCCACUUUA